UCCCUGAUAGCGAGAGCUCAGCGGAUAUAAUGACGUCAGAAACGAGCAGCAGCAAGCAGUGGAUGCCAACGAAGUGAUACAUCAUCGACGAAGUGAUUCAGUAUCGGUGUGCCUCGGCGUUCUCGUUUAAUGCGGCCAAUUUUACGAGUAAUAUCGUUGCUUUUGUCUCAAAUCAGCUAUAAAACGACAGAAAGAAUCGUCGGUGGCGUACUUUCCCCAUUUUUAUGCAGAAUAAACAUUAAUAUAUCGCAAAUAUGUCUGAUCAUUUUGGGCCGAUCACCUUGAAAUGGGAUCCCAAAAACUUGGAGAUACGAACUAUGUCUGUGGAGAAGACAUUAGAGCCAUUGGUGCUCCAAGUUACCACAUUGGUAAACACAAAGGGGCCCAGCAAGAAAAAGAAAGGCAAAUCAAAGAGGGCUAGCGCACUCGUCGGGACUGUGGAGAAGGCGACUGCUAAUUUCAUUGAGAAGGGUGAAAAGAUUGCUUAUGAGAAUCCAGAUAUCACAGCAGAAAUGUUGAGUGCAGUGGAGGAAGUGAGAAAGACUGGUGCAGCUAUGAGCAUUGCUGCUAGAGAAUUCUCCGAAGAUCCGUGUUCGUCGUUGAAACGCGGCAACAUGGUGCGCGCCGCGAGGAAUUUAUUGUCAGCGGUGACGAGAUUGCUUAUUCUCGCGGACAUGGUGGACGUCCACUUGCUCCUGAAGUCGUUGUAUGUCGUGGAGGACGAUCUGAAGAAGUUGAAAAACGCCUCCUCGCAGGGUGAAUUGAUGCAGAACAUUAAAGAGUUUGGCAGGAAUGCCACUGAGUUGAUUCAGCAGGCAGCCAAACGUCAGCAUGAAUUAAAGGAUCCACAGCUAAGAGAUGACUUGGCGGCUGCGAGGGCGGUCCUGAAGAAACAUUCCACUAUGUUGUUGACCGCGUCCAAAGUGUUCGUGCGACAUCCUGACUUAGCGGCUGCCAAAGCGAAUCGCGAUUACGUGCUGAAGCAGGUGUGCGAGGCAGUGAACACCAUAAAUGACGUAGCUCAAGGGAAAACGCCGCCCGACGGCCAGCACCCGUACGACGGCCCAGGCGAAUUGGCCGCCGCGUUGGACGACUUUGACGAAAGAAUGGUGAUGUCACCGCUCGCGUACAACGAGGUGCGCACGCGACCGAGUCUCGAGGAAAGAUUGGAGAGCAUCAUCAGCGGCGCGGCCUUAAUGGCAGACUCGUCGUGCACUCGAGACGAACGUAGAGAACGCAUCGUCGCCGAGUGCAACGCGGUCAGGCAGGCACUUCAGGAUCUUCUAAGCGAAUACAUGAACAACUUACAACGUGCUCAGGGUGGGAAACGGAUGGGUGUGAAGGAGCAAUCUGAAGGCUUAGAGAGAGCGAUAGAUCACAUGUGUAGGAAAACUCGUGAUCUUCGUAGACAGUUGCGCAAAGCCGUGGUGGAUCAUGUGUCGGACAGUUUCCUGGAGACAAGUGUGCCGUUGUUGGUCUUAAUCGAAGCGGCACGCAACGGCCGGGACCAGGAGGUGGAGGAAUACGCGCUUGUUUUCACGGAACACGCGAAUAAACUCGUGGAGGUCGCCAAUUUGGUGUGCAGCAUGUCCGGCAACGAGGACGGUGUAAAGAUGGUGCGCUACGCCGCCGCGCAGAUUGAGAACUUAUGCCCGCAGGUGAUCAACGCGGCGCGCGUGUUGGCCGCGCGAAACCGCUCGAAAGCAGCGCUGGAUAACAUGGAGGUAUUCCGUCAAGCAUGGGAGAAUCAAGUGCGAGUUCUGACGGAGGCUGUGGACGACAUUACGACGAUCGACGAUUUCUUAGCAGUCUCUGAGAAUCAUAUUUUGGAAGAUGUCAACAAGUGUGUCUUGGCCUUGCAAGAGGGUGACGCUGAUACUCUGGACAGAACGGCAGGCGCGAUUCGCGGCCGCUCUGCCAGAGUGUGCAACGUCGUGCAGGCCGAGAUGGACAACUAUGAGCCGUGUAUUUAUACCAAGCGAGUCCUUGAGGCAGUGAAGGUCCUCAGGGAACAAGUGAUGCCUAAGUUUGCUCAACGAGUAGAAGUGGCGGUGGACGCCUUAGGUAGCAAUCCAGCGAAGGAUGUGGACGAGAAUGAUUUCAUUGACGCAUCUAGACUGGUAUACGACGGAGUCCGCGAGAUCAGACGUGCCGUGUUGAUGAACAGGGCGGACGAGGACUUAGAUCCCGAAGACGUGGAACUGGAUGAGCACUACACGUUGGAAACACGCAGCAAGUCCAGCGCGCAGACCGGAGAACAUGGCGUGGAUGAGUACCCGGAGAUCAGUGGCAUCACGACCGCCCGUGAAGCCAUGAGGAAAAUGCCGGAGGAGGACAAGCAAAAAAUCUUGCAGCAAGUGGAGUACUUUAAGAGCGAGAAGCUGAAGUUCGACAAGGAGGUAGCCAAGUGGGACGAUGCCGGAAAUGACAUUAUAGUCUUGGCCAAGCACAUGUGUAUGAUCAUGAUGGAGAUGACGGACUUCACACGAGGCAGAGGUCCCUUGAAGACAACUAUGGACGUUAUAAACGCGGCGAAAAAGAUCUCCGAAGCCGGCACGAAAUUGGACAAGUUGACGAGGCAGAUCGCCGAUCAGUGUCCGGAAAGCUCCACGAAGAAGGAUCUCUUGGCUUAUCUGCAACGUAUAGCGCUUUAUUGCCAUCAAAUGAACAUUACGAGCAAAGUAAAGGCAGAUGUGCAAAACAUCAGUGGGGAACUGAUUGUCUCCGGCCUAGACAGCGCGACCUCCCUCAUACAGGCCGCUAAGAAUCUGAUGAAUGCUGUUGUGCUUACUGUAAAGGCUUCCUACGUCGCUUCUACCAAGUAUCCCCGACAAUCUACGGUAACGUCUCCCAUCGUCAUAUGGAAGAUGAAGGCCCCGGAGAAAAAACCGUUGGUACGCCCCGAGAGACCCGAGGAAGUGAGAGCGAAAGUGCGUAAAGGAUCGCAAAAGAAAGUACAGAACCCUAUACACGCACUCUCAGAGUUUCAGAGCCCCACCGAAAGCGUGUAAACUUCUCGAUGUAAGUAAACGAAAACGGAAAUAACGUAUAGCAUAUAUGGCAGCAUCAUCUUUCGACAGUCGUAAAAAGGCCAAGAUAUUUUAUUUUCGACGAAAUUUGAAUGCGCAGGAUAUCUGUUGAUCAUUACGCGCUACGUUACACAUACGGAUGUAUACAGGGUAUUUACAAAAAAGGGUUCAAAUAAUUGUUCAUUGCUCUGACAAUAUUAAUUUUUCGGUCCACUUUAGGCUCCUUUUCCUCCAUUUUGUGAAUACUAUCUGCCCUUAAAGUCCUAAGCCCUCCUUUUAAAUAUCCUGUGUAUACAUAUAUACAUACAUAUAUAAACAUAUACUUAAGUAUAUUAAUUAUAUCUGUUCUUGAUCGAGAACACAAUACCCGUAACAAAAAGUGAAUAUGCAUGAUCCCUAAAAUGAAUAUAACCGAUCGAAUUCUCAUCGAGGGAGAUUUCAAUAAUACGAAUUUAUCAGAACUCCGAUAUAUACUCCGCGUGCAUUCUCAAUACAAGGGCACAAUCGACGGCAAUGGCUUUGAAUUGCAGAUCGUAUUCGUUUUGCAGUAAUUGUACGCCGAUGAUUAUCUUCCGUAUUUUUGAGACCUCUUACUCUUACUCCGUGGAACCAAAUGCGGUUCCUUAUGCUAGAUUCUUUUAGCUGUAAGAUUGAUACGUACACAUUUCACUUAUACGAUAUAUCACAAAGGCCCCGAUAUUUUCUAUACAUUAAUUUAUUUUUCGACAAUAAAAUAUUUCUUACAUGACCGAUAUUUUGGAUUACUUGAUAUAAGAUCGGUAUUGAUAAUUUUACGUAUGUUUAUUCAAUAUUCUACUUGAACACGAUAUUCGUUAUAAUAUCGGAAUUAGAAGGAAAUCAAUGUAAGAACUUUUCUCUUAGGGAAUCUACUAUAUCUUCUGAUAGAAAAAGAUUAAGCUCAGACAAGGUCGAUAUAAAUCGUUGACGCAAGAAUAUCUAAACCGAGCAUGUACUGUUAAUUUAAGCAAUUUACGGCUCUUCGGAUUAUUAUUCGGUUGGAUGGCCUGUGGAUAAAGCCUCGGGAUUGCCAGGGGAACCGUACAUACGUGACAAUGUAUCGAGCUGGUAAUAAACUGAUGCAUUCUUUUGAAGAUGCUACUUCAUUGUUUUACAAACAUCAUAAUUCUUCUAGCGCGAGCUGACACAAAGUUAAAUAUAUUCGAAGAAACCACGGGGCGGGGAAAUGUUCAAAGUAUCAACAACGUAACUUUCCCCUUACCUUAAUUAGACUUUCUUCUCAUGAAAUGCUCGAUUUAGAUAUUCCUAUGUCGAUGAUACAAACUAUGAAUUAACACAGUAUUCUAUCGAAAUAAAGAGACUGCAGAUUAAAGUAUUUAGUAUAUUAACUUGUAUAUAAAUAAACAUAAUUACAAUGUUAUGGACGAAUAUUAUUUUCGAUUUUUGUAUCAUGAACAUCUGAAUAAGAAAGCGUAUGCGAAGAAAUGAAUUCUACGGUAUUCCUAUUUAGUCCAUAUCGAUCAACGAUAAUAAUCUUUCACUGACAAUUUAACUAUAAUAAUAAUGAUAGUAAUAAUAAUAAUAAUAACAACAAUAAUCCAAUAUAUCAGGAAUCUUUUUAACGUUACAUGUGAGGCAUAUAUUGUACUUCAUGUAAUGUACCUGCAGUAUUGGCAAAACUCGUAUUACUGAAAGGCCAAAAGAAACUCUGGAUGCAGUAUGGUAUAUAUAUCGUAUAUAUACGGUGGCUCUAUAUUGAAUAAUUCUACAUAUACUACUAUUUAUAAAUACGUAUAUGAAAUGUUUCUCGUAUUUUGUAAUAUAUAUAUAGAUCAAGACCUAUAUAUAGAGUAUUGUGAUCGUACACAUAAAAAACGGUUUCCUAUCACCUAUAUAAAAAAGAAAAAAAAACAUAAAAUAAAGUGCAGUUUAUAUAUUAAAGACACGAAUUCGACGUGCUCAUUGCAACAUCAGACAUCAUACUUUUUCGAUGCCGUUAUUCUCUUUUGCGUCAAAUUUAGCCUUCGUUUCAUGCAAAA